CGCUGUCCUCUCCUCUCUGAACGCUGAUGUGUUACUAACUUCUGCCCCCAACUCUGACAAAAUGUUCAAUUUCGGAUCAAAAUUGUUGCUUCUGUUUCUCCUGGCCUUCCCCUGUGGGUUGAUAUCCAUCGGCCACGUCUCUGCAGACCCAGACUCUGCUGAGGACAUCGCUGAGGACCCAGAUGCUGCCGUAGAUGAGGAGGAAGAUGAAGAAGACGUGCUUGUUGAGGAAGAUCAGAUACAACCUUCGGAAGGAGACGAAGACGACGCUGACGAAGGAGCUGAUAAACAGUUAACGUCUCACCCUGAUGCCGACACGACCAUCAUCUUCAUGACAGGAGAGGAGUUCCCUGCCAAUGAAAUUGUGAGGUUCCUGGUGGGUUUUACCAACAAGGGAAGUCAGGAUUUCACCGUUCAGUCGUUGGAGGCCUCCUUCCGUUACCCCCAAGACUUCCAGUUCUACAUCCAGAAUUUCACAGCGUUGCCUCUGAGCACAGUAGUGCAGCCCCAGGCUCAGGCCUCCUUCGAGUACUCCUUCAUCCCAGCCCAGCCUAUGGCAGGUCGUCCCUUUGGUCUCGUUAUCCUUCUCAACUACCUUGACUCUGAGGGCAAUGUGUUCCAGACCGCCAUCUACAACCAGACUGUCACCAUCACUGAGCUAGAAGAGGGACUGGACGGAGAAACAAUGUUCAUGUACAUCUUCCUGGGUGGACUGGUGGUCCUGAUGCUCUUUGGGAUGUACCAGGUCCUGGAGACAAGGACGAAAAAGAGACUCCCAGUGAAAAUCGAGAAGGGCACUGGUGGUAUGAGCGAUGUGGACAUCAGCUGGAUUCCUCAGGAGACCCUCAAUGUCAUGAACAAGGCUUCCCCUAAAGCAUCUCCACGGAAACGAACCAACAGGGCAGCUGGAGCAGAUCAAUAAAAAUUUCCCUUCUCCAUCCAUCAUCAUACUGUCCAUCAGGCUUUCAAAGCUCAUUUUCUCACCACUGUAAUACAUCUCCAAUUUACAAUGGAUCAACAUUUCCAGCCCAAGCAUUUUGUUAAAAAUGUUUGUAUGGACCUCAGCCUCUUGUCCUGCUGGAACCACGACCACACCGCAUCCUGGGCUUAGACACUAACAGGACUGAACUACAGUCAUUUCUAAAGGGACUUUUUUUAUUAGUAUGUGUGUGUGUGAAAGGUGAUAAAAGAUGAACCAAUUAACUUUUGAGGGAAAAGGCAAAGGGAUUUUGAUAAGAACUACCCUGCACAAAGAAAGCAGGAGAUUUGUUAUCUGCAUUUUUAGGCUUCAAACAAUCCUACUUCAUUUGCUGAAUGAGGUGAACCCCCCCCCCCAUCUAUCAUGUGAACACCAUUGUGCCUUAUCUGUACUGUGUCUGCGGUGCCUGCAAAGGCUUCAUGUUAAGAAAAAAGUAGAUGCAAUUGAUUAAAAGGUUUCCCACUGAUUUCUUUUAGGUGGGGCAAUGGCAGCUGCAUUAACAACAAACUUUAAAACAGUGUUCUCUUGAAGUUUCUGCAGAUUACCUGACUUUUUUGUUUUCACCGUGCUGUAGUGUAAAUGUUCCUUGGUGGGACAUUUCAAACUCUUUACUAAGUGCCAGUGGUGCAAUCUGUCAGAUUGCAUGCCAUUUUGGGGGGGAAAAGUAUGUUUUCAGAAACAAUAAAAGGGUGAACAAAA